AUCUUAACAUAAAGGUUAACAAAUAUGUAUUAACCUCUGCCAGAUAGUGUCACUUUUGUAAUACUGGACUUGGUGUAAACAUGAAUAAGAUUCUGUAUUCUGGCAUUAUAGUAUGUCUUCUGCUGUCAUCUGCAAAAGGAACAGGUCAAUCAUGUGAAGAUAUAGAUCACGAUGCAUGCGUGGCCAUGGCAACUCAGAAUGCAAAUCUUUGUUCCGACCCUGUUCUUGCAAAAUCCGCAUGUCCACACUACUGCAACAACUGUCCUAUGACGUGUUACAGUUGCAAUACCACGGUUCCAGACAUCACCCUGUGUAAUACUGUAACUUGCAGCAACAAUGAGAUCUGUAUGUGGAAAGAGGUUACACGACUGGAUCACAGAAAUCAUCAUUAUGUGUUCGGAUGUGCAACGAAAGCGUACUGUAAUGAUGAGCGGAAACGAGACAUUCACUCGAGGUCUAUCGUUAUCAACUGUUGUCUCAAUGAUCUCUGCAAUAAACCCGUGCCGACGACGACAAUGUCCGCCACAUCUACGACUCGAAUCACAACUCCGCCAUUUCCAGUUUGUCCAAGAGAUAUAAUAGUAAUGGUGGAUCAUAGUGAUGCCGGUGUUGCUUACUAUCCGGAAAUUAAGUCAUUCCUAUCUGAUCUUGUGAAGACAAUGAGAAUUGGUCCUAACAACACUAAAGUAUCUCUUGCAUCAUUUGGCAGAAUGUAUACGCAUAUUGAAUGGCUUUUGGAUAGAAAGAACAACACCAAACAAAGUCUACUAAAUGCAAUUCAGCAGUUUCAGCCGUACAGUAGAAGACUUUCACCUAAUGACAUUGCAAAUAAUAUCAAUCCUGUCAGUCAUUUAGUCCUCAACACCCACAUCCAUUUAAGUGAGAGGGAUGGAAACCGCCCACAGUUUCCAAAUAUAGUCAUUCUCAUAACUGCGAGCGGUGUUGGCCACGGAAGUUUGAAUACAACCAUUACAUGGGCAAACGGCCUUCAUAAGAAGUACAAUCAGACAGUAACUAUUGGCAUUGGAAAUACUGACCAUAGGCAGUUGGAGAUCAUUGCGACUGACACACGCCAUGCCUUCUUUGUUGACUCCGGAAAAGAUCUCCCCUCUCUAGAACAUCAAGUCAUGAAUCUUAUUUGCUCAUGAUAUGUAAGAGAAGUACAUGUAAUAAAAUCUAUAACAGAUA